AUGGCACCAACUUCAAUUGCUCCAGCAAAGAGCGGUUCUGGGAGUCACAAUGGCCAAGAUGCUAACGAACGGACUAAUCUCCUUUCGGCAACCCUGGAGGGAUCAAGUCAUGGUAGAUUCUCUCGAGAAGAUACUUUGAUCGAUGAAGAUACCGAUGAAGACAUCGAGGCCAAUGAGUUCGAUAACCUCCUUUCGAGAUCUGAGUCCAUCACCACGGGUCUUGGAAUUGAACCAGAAUCCCAAGCAACUGCUAUGCUUCGGGGACCGAGAAGAUACGGCGCAGUUAAGUCAAAGCAUCGAGCAUCAAGUCACGCGAGCAGUCGACGCAAAUCGUUCAUUAGCACAAACAGCAGCAUCCUAGAAGAAGUAAUUGGCGAAGGAGAGGAGGACAAAUCUGGAUCGAAAUCACCGUUUCUUGCUGGUGUAAGCGUCACGAGAUUCUGGCUCAUUUUUGGAGGGGUACUUGUUUCGUACUUCGUGGCCUGCUUCGAUUCUACGAUCAUGGUCUCUUCUCAUCCAAUCAUCACUUCGUAUUUUGAAAGCUCCAACAGUGCUUCAUGGCUAUCGACGGCGUUCCUUCUAACUUCGACAAGCUUUCAGCCGCUGUUCGGGCGGCUAUCAGAUACGAUUGGACGGAAACCGCCUUAUGUGUUCACCAUGGCUGUUUUCUUGAUAUCUACCGUAUGGUGUGCCCUUGCUCAGAGUAUGAUAAGUUUCAUCAUUGCUCGAGCGGUAUGUGGUCUCGGGGCUGGAGGAAUGAUGACCAUGGGUUCAAUAAUUACAAGUGAUCUCGUACCAAUUGAGAUUCGGGGCGUCUAUCAAUCUUACAUCAACAUUAUAUUCGGCGUUGGAUCAGCCUUGGGGGCUGCGCUAGGUGGCGCGAUUGCUGAUCACCUCGGAUGGCGAUGGGAGUUCGGUAUCCAGGUUCCAGCAUUGGUAAUUUGCCUGUGCAUCGCAUGCUUCACAGUCCCCAAGAAUCUUGGCCUGGCAGACGGCGUACAGAAGAAAUCUUUAUGGGAAGCAAUGAAGGUUUUCGAUUACAUAGGAUCUAGUCUCCUAACACUCUCCAUCACUUUUCUCAUCCUUGGAUUGAACCUAGGUGGAAACGUUUAUCCAUGGUCCCACCCAAUCGUGAUAGUGUCUCUCGUUAUUUUCGGCAUUUGCUUCCCCCUCUUCAUCUGGGUGGAAACCUUUGUAGACCUCCCCAUCAUGCCACUAAAGCUUCUUAUCAAAAACCCCCGCGCUGGCCUCAUUAUCAGCAACAGCAUUGGUGCAAUCAUCGUCAACGCAGUCACCUUUAACAUACCUCUCUAUUUCCAAGCCGUAUUGCUCGAAUCAGCAACUUCCUCCGGACUCCGCCUGAUCGUCCCUUCAAUCGCUGCAUCAACAGCCGGUACAGCGACAGGAUUCCUCAUUACCUGGUCUAAAAAUCUCAAACCUCCGUUGGUUGCAGGUGCAUUUCUCAUACUCGUGGGAACAGUGGCACUAUCUUUGAUGCAAAGGCGGAUGCCAGAUUGGGCAUACUUAAUCUUCCUUCUUCCGACAAGUAUGGGCCAGGGCUUCAUGUUCCCAGCAACAUUCAUGGCCGUGCUUGCCGUCUCGGAACAAGCCGAACAGGCCGUUGUAACGAGUACGCUGAUUCUGUGGAGAUCGAUGGGAAUGGUGCUUGGUGUUGCGACGAGUAGUCUAGUCCUGCAAAACGCACUAUUUCACUACCUCGCUAAGUUCGUAACAGGGCCGAAUCGAGACAAGGUCAUUGAAGAAGUCCGCAAAUCAGUUAAAGCAAUCCCAACCCUCGACCCCGUCUACCGCGAACAAGUCAUCGAUUCCUACGCUGCUUCCUUACGGGCUACCUUUAUCAUGGCUGCUAGUCUCUCCGUAAUCGUCCUUCUCCUUACCCUUCCGUUGAGGCUUCCCAAAUUAGGCCAUAGGAAAUAA